AUGGCCGUAGCAGCUGCCCAGAAGAACCGCGAAAUGUUCGCCAUCAAGAAGUCAUACAGCAUCGAGAACGGCUAUCCAUCUCGCCGCCGUUCCCUAGUAGACGACGCCCGCUUCGAAACCUUAGUCGUCAAACAGACCAAGCAAAGUGUGCUCGAAGAGGCUCGUGCCCGCGCCAAUGACUCUGGCUUGGAAUCAGACUUCAUCCAAGAUACCACUCACCUUGGCAACGAAGAUAACACUCCAACCGUGGAAGAUGGUACGCAGCAAGACGAUACUAAGAACGGUCACCUUGCCGAUGCAGAUAUCGGAGACGACGCUGCGAAUGCAGACGAAGACUACACUCUGACCGAGGAGGAAGUAAUACUGCAGAACGCCGCCAGCGAAAGCCCCGAGGCAGAACAAGCUAUACAACAAGCCGCUUUACUGCUUAGAAUGCGCGACGGGAUGGGCUCCCUCGCGCGCAUCCUCAAGACCAUUGACAACUACAAGGGCUGCGUGGAGCACCUCGAGACUCGCCCCUCGCAGGCCCCGGGCAACCAAUUCGACGCCCUCGUCAAAGUUAGCAUGUCUCGAAUCAACCUUCUACAGUUGAUCCGCUCGCUCCGCCAGUCGACCUCCUUCGCCGGGGUCGACCUCCUGUCGGACAACAACAUUUCCACCAAGACACCUUGGUUCCCGCGCCACGCCUCCGACCUCGACAACUGCAACCAUCUGAUGACCAAAUACGAGCCCGAACUCGACAUGAACCAUCCCGGCUUCGCUGACAAGGAGUACAGGGAGCGCAGGAAGCAGAUAGCCGAAAUCGCCUUCGGUUACAAGUACGGCGACCCGAUCCCGUCCAUCACCUACAGCGAGUCGGAGAACGCCACCUGGCAGCGGGUGUUCAACACCGUGCUCGACCUGAUGCCGAAACACGCCUGCCGCGAGUACAAAGCCGCCUUCGGGAAGCUGCAAGCAGCCGACAUCUUCGUGCCCCACCGCAUUCCCCAACUGGAGGAUGUGAGCAACUUCCUGAGGAAGCACACCGGUUUCACGCUCCGCCCGGCCGCCGGCCUCCUCACCGCUCGCGAUUUCCUCGCGUCCCUCGCCUUCCGCGUGUUCCAGUCCACGCAGUACGUGCGCCACGCGAACUCACCCUUCCACACUCCCGAGCCUGACUGCAUCCAUGAGCUUCUUGGACAUAUCCCGCUCCUGGCCGACCCCAGCUUCGCUCAGUUCUCUCAGGAGAUUGGGCUCGCAUCUCUUGGAGCUUCCGAUCCAGAGAUCGAGAAGCUGUCUACGGUUUACUGGUUCACCGUGGAGUUCGGCCUGUGCAAGGAAAAUCAACAGCUGAAGGCGUAUGGCGCCGCUCUCCUUUCAUCCAUCGGAGAGCUGCUCCACGCUCUCAGCGAUAAGCCCGAGCUCAGACCAUUCGAGCCGGCCUCCACUUCCAUACAGCCCUACCAAGAUCAAGAGUACCAGCCAAUCUACUACGUGGCCGAAAGUUUCGAAGAUGCCAAAGAAAAGUUCAGACGCUGGGUGUCGACUAUGUCGCGACCUUUCGAGGUGCGCUUCAACCCGCACACCGAGCGCGUGGAGGUUCUGGACUCCGUGGACAAGCUGGAGACUCUCAUCUGGCAGCUGAACACCGAGAUGCUGCACCUCACCAACGCCGUCAAGAAGCUGAAGGGCUUGCACUUCGAA